AUGGCAACUGCAGCGAGUCAAAAGCAGGUCUCCAAGAAGCGUAAGUUCGUCGCCGAUGGCGUGUUCUAUGCGGAGCUUAAUGAACUUCUCACUACUAUCCUUGCUGAAGAUGGUUACUCUGGUGUCGAGGUCCGUGUGACUCCUAUCAAGACUGAGAUUAUCAUCCGUGCUACUAGGACUCGUGAGGUCCUUGGUGAGAAGGGUCGUAGAUUAGAGAGCUCACUGCUCUUGUUGAGAGACGUUUCGAUUUCCCUGAGAACUCCGUCGAGCUCUUUGCUGAGCGUGUCGAUAUCGUGCUCUCUGUGCCCAGGCUCAAGCUGA